CUCCUGAGCUCUGGCCGAGUCAACACUACCUAGACUCAGCAUCUCUGGCUGCAGAAGUAUUCUCCCGUGAAACUCUGCUCACCGCUCGCUUUCGGGGACCUGAGUUAGUCUCCUGACAGCCGUGUGUAGCCAGCCUGAAUCCAGACCAGCCUUUGGAUGAAACACCAUAUUACUCAGGCUUGCUGGUGGUUCUGCAUCCACCCCCUGCUUCAAUCCUGGUCACCGCUGGAUACCGCUCUACCCACUCUCCACCUCUACACCCUGCUCCAUUCUAAGUCUUCUCCUUGGGAUCCUGUACCCAUGUGCUGCCAGGGACGGCCGUGUGUGAAGUGGAUGGGCGUGGUAUCGGCGCUAGAGCAGCGACCUUUCUAAGUGGCGACCAACGUCAAGUAAAUGUGUUGGAUGAACUUUCUCCCUUUGAUACAGAGGCUGAUACCAACUUGAACUUCUCCCCGCUUGAGGAAGGGGUUACAGAACCUCAGAUCUCCUUCCGGUAUCUCCUGACGGUCGUGAAGAUGUAGAAGAGAUAGACCCUCCUAGUUCUCCUGAUCUUGAACGUACAUUGACGGUUUCGCAAAAGAAUGACUUGAUGUCUCUUCUUUCUGACUUCCAGGAUAUCUUCUCUAAAACCCCUGGAUUUACAUCUACCAUAAUGCAUGACCUAGAAGCAUGUUCUUCGGAGCGUGUAUAGUGCAAAUUGUAUCCGAUCCCUGUACAUCUGAAGUCUUGUUUUGAAGAGGAGGUUGACCAACUUCUCCACCAGGGAAUCAUCCAGCCAUCUUCAUCUCCUCAUUGCUCCCCAGUUAUGAACACAUCACUGCCCUUAAGUCUGUACUUUGGCGUCUUCGAGAACACGGCCUCACUGCUCGAGUAUGGAAGUGUCGAUUUGGGUUCGGAUCCAUCCAGUAUCUGGGCUUCAUUGUUGACGGCUUCCUCCUACACAAGUUGUCUGUCUGACCACCUCCCCAAGGGCGUCACCGAACCACUAGUCUGGACUGACGAACAUCAGAGGAGCUUCCAACAUCUUAAAAGCAGCUCUCCAGUCUACCCCCAUCUUAAGGCUACCGGAUUCCACUCGUCCUUUCGUGCAACGAACGGACGCUUCAAACCACGGUCUAGGAGCAGUCCUGCUUCAAUAUGUGGACGGCUGGCCUCACCCAGUUACGUACGCCAGUCGAAAACGUCGGGAUCGAGAGAGAUUCUCCACCAUUGAAAAGGAGGGCCUUGCCGUCUGUUUUGGUAUUCAACACUUUGAAUAUUACCUUAGAGGGAAGGAGUUUAUUUUAGAAGUGGAUCAUAAAUCCUUAGUCUACAUUUCCAGAUUUAGAGGUGCAAAUGAUAGCAACCUGAGAUGGGCACUAAAGCUACAAGAUUAUAGAUUUCGUGUAGUACACAUUCCUGGAAAAAAUAAUGUUGGGGCUGAUUUUCUCAUAUGUUCAGUGUAGUGCUCUAGUUCGUUUGGAUGAAACUCCAUAUUACUCGGCCUUGCUGGUGGUUCUGCAUCCACCCCCUGCUUCAAUCCUGGUCAACGCUGGGUAACGCUCUACCUACUCUCCACCCCUACACCCUGCUCCAUUCCUCGUCCUCUCCUUGGGAUCCUGUACCCGUGUGCUGCCAGGGACGGCCGUGUGUGAAGUGGUUGGGCGUGGUAUCAGCACUAGAGCAGCUACUUCUCUUAGUGGCGACCAACGUCCAUAUAGUUCAAGUGUGUGUUGGAGAAGGAGGAGCUUUCAUUAAAGUGGAGCUUUGUUA